AGGAACAAGGAAAUUUCUCGGCUUUACCGGCUACGGUUUAUUCAAAUUACUAUCGCGAUUAUGUAAGAGCCGUUUUAUUCUGCGACGUUUGAUUGACAGCCCAUUCAUUCAAAUCCAUUACAUUUGCAUAUUGUUUUCGUUUAUGUGACCUUGUGUAAUUUUAGCUAACUCGUGAUAAACCUACCUAUUUGCCAGUCACGAAUGUAGUUUUGCCUAUAUAUAAGAAGUAUUUCCAGGUUGAAAGACAAAAGCGACAGGUACGCGCAGCGAUCGAUUGACUAUUGAGAAUGUCAGAAAAGGACAGUAAUGGUGCUAUGGUGGACAACAGUAAAUCCUUCGCGAGACCUAAAGACAGCCGCGCUGCUCUGGUCGAGCCGAUGGCGAUAGAGGAGCACGAGGUAGUCGUCGAGGAUGACCGAGAGAAAUGGGGUAAAAAAUUGGACUUCAUGCUCUCGUGCGUUGGUUACGCGGUGGGGCUAGGCAAUGUUUGGAGGUUUCCAUACUUGUGCUACGAAAAUGGUGGAGCAACUUUCUUGAUACCAUACUUUGUGAUGCUUGCAAUCAAUGGGAUCCCUUUGUUUUAUAUGGAACUGGCAAUCGGUCAAUACCUGAGUCUUGGAACUGUUGGAGCCUGGACAGCUCUCUGCCCUAUGGCCAGAGGAAUUGGAUUUGGAAUGAUUAUGGUUUCCUUUCUGGUGUCCAUUUAUUACAACAUGAUCAUCGCCUGGUGCCUUCUCUACAUGUUUCAGUCCUUCAGAAAAGACGUACCGUGGAGAACAUGUGACAAUUCAUGGAACACUCCUCUUUGUCAAGCAACGGGAAGAAAUAUCUCAUUGAACUGCACAGGUCUAGGCCUCGCCGCUGACUGCAAGAGUACCAGCCCAUCUGAAGAAUUCUUUAACAAUAACAUCCUGAAGAUAUCCGAAGGCUUGUCUGACAUCGGGGAUGUGAGUUGGCAAAUCGUCUUGUGUUUGAUCCUUGCUUGGGUCAUAAUCUACCUUUGCCUUAUAAAGGGAGUGAUAUCCUCUGGAAAAGUUGUUUACUUUACAGCUACUUUUCCAUAUAUUGUACUUUUUAUCCUGAUGAUCCGCGGUGCCACUCUGGAUGGUUCGUUACAAGGAGUAAAAUUUUAUCUCAACCCGGAAAUCGGCAAGCUGAAGGAUCCACAGGUUUGGGUUCGAGCUGCAUCGCAGAUCUUUUACUCCCUCGGAGUAGGAUUUGGAUCACUGAUAACGUUUGGAAGCUACAACAGAUUCAAUAACAACUGUGAAAGGGAUGCUAUCAUCGUGAGCGUAAUAAAUUGCGGUACAAGUUUCUUCGCGGGAUUUGUAGUGUUUAGUGUUUUAGGAUUCAUGGCUAAGACAUUGGAUGUUCCAGUGGGCGAAGUGGUUACAUCAGGUCCCGGGCUUGCAUUUGUGGGUUAUCCAGAGGCCAUUUCACAAAUGCCUUUAAGCACAUUAUGGGCGAUCUUGUUCUUUUUCAUGUUGCUUACUCUUGGAUUGGACAGUCAGUUCGCUAUGGUAGAGUGUGUCGUAACAGGUCUUUCAGAUGAGUAUCCAAAAUACCUCAGAAAGUACAAGUGGCUAUUCCUCAUCGCCGUCUGCGUGUUAAUGUUCCUGCUCGCCAUACCCAUGUGUGCUGAGGGCGGCAUGUACUUGUUCAACCUAUUCGACGCUCAGUCAGGCGGCAUCUCACUUCUUUUUAUUGGAUUUUGCGAGGCAGCUGUUAUAGGCUGGGGAGUUGGCACGCAGACACUCGGUGACAUGAUUGAAAAGAUGAUUGGCAAGCGUCCUAAUAUCUUCUUCCUGAUUUGCUGGAAAUACAUUUCGCCUCUUGCUACUCUGGUGAUUAUUCUGGCGAGUUUGAUUCAAUGGUCCGGCCUCUCUUACAACAACAAGCCUUACCCUGCAGGGGGUGAAUUCUUGGGGUGGUUACUCGCACUUGCCUCAAUGGUGAUGAUUCCAAUAUUUGCGAUCCUCCAGUACAUCUACAACUCCAGAGGAACAACUGUACUUGAAAGACUGAAGUCGUUGCUUGUUCCAAAUGAACACGCAUUUAAAGAGGUUGAGGAGAAAGAGGGAAUCUCACAGAAGAAGUUGUUAAUUAAAUGAAACCUUCCAUCAGGUACAUAAAGACUUUCCAGUUUCCCUUACUUAGAAGCAAGACCAUACAGCAAUUCAAAUUUUAAAAAAUCUCAUUUCAAUUUCCAAAAAGACAAGUGAUGAAGGCAUUAUAGAGAGGAUGUGUUGCAUUGGUCAGAUGUUCAGUUGUCUGUCUGCCUGUUUCUACCUUUGUUUAAAUUAUGUAUUAACUGUGCG